AUGGUCGAACAAGCUGCAAAGCCACUUGCAAGGCCUGUAAGAGUUUGGGUUUUAGAUGCUACACCUGGAAAGGUACGUGCAGGUAGAGACGGAGAUGAUCAUCCUGCUGAAUUGAUCAUUUCUCUAAGAGCAUUGCCUAACCAGGUCACAUCAAAAAUGGAGGUCAUCAGUGGUCUUGUGCGUGAGGGGUUUUUGAAUGAUGUGGCUCAGAGGGACCUGGGCUCACAGUUGGUGGCCAGUAUAUUUGAACUCGUUUGCAAUCCUUUUCUGCUUUCCGCCAGUGGGGUGAUUCUGAACAGAACUAGUAAACUAAGACGUGUCUAUGAUGAAUCACUUGAGAAUGCUCAAGAUCUUCAAAGAAGCGAUGUUCCUUUGUAUCGAUUAGAAGCUAUUAAUUUUGGGAGAAGAAUGGCAGUUGAAAGAGAAAUUGAAAAAACAGAAAAUGUCCCACAGCCAAAUGCACUAUUUGAUGAAAGCUCUAAUUUCAUUAUUUAUCCAACUCUCCUUGGUAUUAAAAUUGUAAAUCUGCAAGCAAACAAAGUUUCCAGAAUAUUAGGGAAGGUGGAAAAUAAUGACAGGUUUUUAAGAAUUGCUUUGUAUCAAGGUGAUCAAAGCAGUAAAAAAGUGCGAAAAAUUCCUGCUGCUGCUGUAAAUGUGAAUGAAAGCAAAGAUCCCAUGACAGAUCCUACUUUGUUAUGCUGUGCUUUUAAGAAACACAGAAUCUAUUUGUUCAGCCGAAGAGAACCAGAGGAACCUGAUGAUGCAACCAAGGGUAGGGAUGUCUUUAAGGAAAAGCCUCCUCCUGAUGAACUUAUGGCUGCAUCAGAUAUUGGAAAGUCUGUUACAACAUCUCUUCCAGAAAAUGUGUUGAUUUCUAUGGCACAAGUAGGACACACAUUAAGUAGCGACCUCUUAAAUUCUGAUGUUGAUUAUGAAAAUUUGAAACCACCUGUUAUGGAUAGUCUGGAUGUCUUACUAGCUAAGAAAAAGCGUCCAAAAAGUGAUCCUUAA